CUGACCAUUAAGUGAAAAUGGAUGGUUUGGGCGAUUACAUUCAUUGCAGUUAUAAUUCCUCUACCCUCGAACGACCUGCGGCAGCAUUUAAAGAAAACAAACCAAGCGCUCAUUGGACAGAAUCUUGUAAAUCUUAUACAGUACUCUCUACAGCAUCAAGACAUGCACCUCCACCAUUCGACUGUGGGUUUGGGAGAAGUUACUUUGGUUGGACACUCUCAGACAGUCAUGCAUUUCAGCAAGGUGCACUGACGUCCUCUACGUCGGUUUCUGGAGACUCUGUAAAACAAAAUAUGCCCUUUUCAGGACUCAUUAGUCACAACUUACACUGCAGUGCAAUAACGUCAAGGAUCAAAGACUUACGGGUCUAUGAAGGCUACACGGACUCUUAUUCCAGGAACCCUCGGUAUAUAGACAUACCUGUUGUUGGCAGGGAUCCGAUGCAUGAUAUUUUACCCAUGGACGAUCCGACGCCCCGGGACUGGCCUGUUUGUAGCAACUCAGUGUAUCAUUAUAGGGAUCAGUCCCAGAGUUCACAGUUGUGGAUCCCAUCCAUCCCAGAGGAAGCAGUAAUGAAGCAGCCAGAUGUCAGGACUUUUUACCGACGUGGAAGAAAGAAACGGGUGCCCUACACAAAGCUGCAGCUCAAGGAACUUGAACGAGAGUAUACCAUUAGCAAGUUUAUUACCAAGGACAAGAGGCGACGUAUAGCUUUCUCCACCAGUCUGUCCGAGCGACAAGUAACUAUAUGGUUUCAAAAUCGCCGCGUCAAAGAUAAGAAGGUCAUUUCUCAAAUUAAAGGCGACGAAACUUGUUCUUGA